AUGCUAUUUAUCAAAUUUUAUUUAACUAUUAUAGUGUCAUUUCAUCUAUCUAUCUAUCUAUCUAUCUAUCUAUCUAUCUAUCUAUGUAACAGCGUCUUUAAAAAAAAGUUUAAAUUUAGCUUUUCUUUUCUUUCUAUUCUUUGCUUAACGUUUUACAUUUCUAUGUUUCACGUUUAUUCUAUAUUCUCUGAACUAACUUUCUUUUUGCUUUCUUUUUCUAUUUUCUUUCUUUUUAUUCUUUGUUUUUUUCUUUCAUUUUUUCAUUUUUCAUUCUUUCUGUAUUUCUUCCUUCCUUUCUUUUGUCUUCUUUUCUUUCUUUCUUACGUUACUUUCUUUUUUUCUUUCUUUCUUCUUUCUUUCAUUCAUUUCCUUCUUUCUUUCUUUUGUCUUCUUUCUUUCGUUUUUUCUUUCUUUUUUGUCUUCUUUCUUUCUUUUGUCUUCUUUCAUUUCUUUUUUUCUUUUGUUUUCUUUCUUUCUUUUUGUAUCGCUUCCUUCCUUUCUUUCUUUUCUUUUUCUUUCAUUCUUCUUUCUUUCUUUUGUCUUUUUUUCUUUUUGUCUUUUUUCGUUCUUUUAUCUUUUUUCUUUUCUUUCUUUUGUCUUCUUUCUUUCUUUUUAUUUCUUUCUUUUCUUCUUUUUUUUCUCUUUCUUUCUUUUGUUUCUUUCUUUCAUUUUCUUUCUUUUUUUAUAUUUAUUCUUUCUAAGAUUCUUUCCGUCUUUCCUUUUUUUUUUUUUUUUUUUCUUUCUUCUUCUUUCUUUCUUUUCUCUCUUUCUUUUCUUUCUUUCUUUCUUUCCUUCUUUCGUUCUUCAGUCCAUCUUCUUCCUUUCUUUCUCUAUUCAUAUCUAUCUGUCUGUCUGUAUCUUCCUCUAAGUUUGUUCAUAUCUAUCUCACUGUUAAAUAUCUAUGUAUUUAUCUGUCUCAGUCAAUUAGUAUCUAUCUAUUACAGUCUAUUCAUAUCUAUCUAUCUAUCUAUCUAUCUAUCUAUCUAUCUAUCUAUCUAUCUAUCUGAAUCUGUUCAUAUCUAUCUAUCUGUUUUCUCCGAGUCUGUUCUUAUCUAUCUAUCUAUCUAUCUAUCUAUCUAUCUAUCUAUCUAUCUAUCUAUCUAUCUAUCUAUCUAUCUCAGUCUGUUCUAUCUAUCUAUCUAUCUAUCUAUCUAUCUAUCUAUCUCAGUCUGUUCAUAUCUAUCUAUCUAUCUAUCUAUCUCAUCUAUCUCAGUCUGUUCAUAUCUAUAUCUGAGUCUGUUCAUAUCUAUUGUUUUCUCCGAUCUGUUUUCUAUCUCUAUCUAUCUAUCUAUCUAUCUAUCUAUCUCAGUCUGUUCAUAUCUAUCUAUCUAUCUAUCUAUUUCUAUCUAUUCUAUCUAUCUAUCUAUCUAUCAGUCUGUUCAUCUCAUCUAUCUAUCUAUCUAUCUAUCUAUCUAUCUAUCUAUCUAUCUAUCUUCCAUAUCUGGAGCCUUUAACUUUAUCUCUGUCGUUUCUAAGAAGAAAUGUUAUUUUGUAUACUUGGUUUACGAAUUGGAUCAUUUAAGCAGAGCAUAUGUGCUGACUCGGUUACUUUCCUUAUUUCCCAAUGAUGUUAUUCUUUGUAGUAGUAUUAUUAUUUCGUUCCAUCAGCUUACUGUGGUUGCUUUUUAA